AUCAUCCUCUUCCCAGCCAAUCCCAUUUGCCAUCAGAGGACCUUGAGCAGAGGCACCUCCAAUGGGCUCCCGAGUGACCUUCAUGCCAAGACUUGCUAGAGCAGGCUCACCCUGCACAUCUGCAGCACCACUGCCCCCACCCUUAGGCUGCAGAUUCCUGGCCUCACCUGGAGGGAGAGCAGGCUUGACACCAUCCACACAGCCAGACCGGGACAGGUCUAAACCUGCUUUAGAGGGAAAAAAGCACAGUCAACCAGGACCCUGCUCUGCCUUCCCAUUGGAACCAAGAGGAUUUGCCCAGGGCCAGCAGAGGGGGCUGACCCCCAGGGAAUAGCACGUCCCCACCCCAGGCCUGUAGAGGAAGCCCGGGAAUCAGGAGACCUUGUUUGGGGUCCUGGCUGUGCCCCAAGCUCACUGCGCCUCCAUGCAAAUCACUUAGCCUGUCAGGGCCUGUGUGACCAUCUGUAAAAUAGAGGAGCUGGACCUGGUCCACAGGUCCUCGCCAGCGCUGAGACUGACCAGGAAGGAGUUAACAGAGGCCAGGCUCUGGGUCAGGAAGGUGAGGGUUAAUCUGGGGGGGUGGAGGCUCGCUCAGCUUUUCCUGUGGAGAGUGAGGUUUGGCUGCCACCAAAGUUACUUCCAGUCCUUGCUGUCCCUCCUGCCCUUCAUCUGGCCCUGCCCAGGGACCCCUGCAUUCAGCCUCCCCACACAGAGGCCCCAGGGAGUUCAGCCAAUUGCUCUCCACUUCUCAACUAGCUGCCUACCUCCAGUGGCUUAUGGGGCACUGUCCUACCCAACUCUGCUAAGAUGCUCCAGGCCUCUCCCUCCACCCCGUCCAGGGGACGGACCCCCAGCGCAGUGGAGAGGCUGGAGGCUGACAAAGCCAAGUAUGUCAAGACGCGCCAGGUGAUAGCGCGGCGCCAGGAGCCAGCUCUGCGCGGCGGUCCCGGGCCGCUUACGCCGCACCCCUGCAAUGAGCUGGGGCCCUCUGCAUCGCCCAGGACGCCCAGACCGGCCCGACGGGGCAGUGGCAGGCGACUGCCAAGGCCUGACUCGCUCAUCUUCUAUCGCCAGAAGCGGGACUGCAAGGCUUCGGUGAACAAAGAGAACGCCAAGGGCCAGGGGCUGGUGCGGCGCCUCUUCCUGGGAGCCCCCCGAGACGCCGCCUCGAGCAGCCCGGCCCCAAUAGAACGACCUGCGGCUCCCGGGAGUUGGGCCGCCCCCCAAGAUGCCCCGGAAGCGGCGGGAAAGCGAGCGCUGUGCCCCACGUGCUCGCUGCCCCUAUCGGAGAAGGAGCGCUUCUUCAACUACUGCGGCCUGGAGCGCGCGCUGGUGGAGGUGCUGGGAGCCGAGCGCUUCUCUCCGCAGAGCUGGGGCGCCGAGGCCAGCCCCCAACCUGGGUCGUCGCUGCUGCCCGGCUCCGGGGACACCAGCGACUGGACGUCCAGCGACGGCGGCACGGAUCGCCCGAACGGUGCGGACGGCGGCGGGGGCUCGGAAGCGGCGGGCUCGGCGCGGGACGGGCGCCCUCCAGUGUCGGUGGUGGAGCGCAACGCACGCGUCAUCCAGUGGUUGUACGGCUGCCAGCGCGCCCGCUGCCCACCCCGCGAGUCCGAGGUGUGACAUCGGCCGCUCGGGAGCCGGCUCCCGGGGAGUCCGGGGUCCAGGGAGGGGCAAGGGGUGGCCGCGGGCAUGGACCUGGGCACAGGCAGGGACACCCUGCCUCUGACGCGCAGGGUGCCUUUAGGCGAGCCCUUCACUCUGGAUCGCGGCUUCCCGAUGUGAACCAUGGGGGGAUGGGAUAAAAUCUCGAAGGCCCUUCCCAGCAUAGGCGUCGGAAGGGGAGAUGGCGGCCUCGUGGCCCCUGUGGAGGCCGGGUCUGGGUAUCCAAGACUGGGGUGGGAGAUCAAAGAACCUGCUGAAUAAAGUCAAA